UGUACGUUUUCUGGUAUUUUUCUGCAAGAUACGUGAAUGUCCACGUGGGAAAAAGAGUUUAUUUAUCUGAUAUGGACAUCUUCAUGUCAAGAAUCAACUGAAGUAUGCAAAAGUGAUGGGGAGACUACGUUUUUGACCUCUAGCGGUUUAUAUACAAACUGCACAUAGCUCUGGCACGGUGCCCAAAAUGGGAAUAUUUACCUUGGAUGACAUCAGGUCACAUGAUAGGUGACAAUGUUGUUAGGAAGCCACACGCUUCGAGGCGGGGCAUUGAAAGGACGAAGCAUGUGUACGUGCGGCCUCGUGAGGGGGAAAUCAUGUCUGACGUGAUUCUACAGGACGAUCUGACCGUCUUCCCGCACAGUAAGACCGCGUACCGAGUCCAGCUGACGCGGGAACACAUCCAGUACGCGCGCACUCAGGGAAAGCCUCGGGAGAGGAGGAUCUUGUUGUCGGACGUGGUGGGGUGCCAUUGUCUCAGAGGACGGCAUGAGUCAGACAGUGCUGCAUAUUUCUGCAUCUAUGCCUACCCCUUACGGAAGAAAGUCAUCACAGGAGACUGGACCCGACACAGGGUCUGCACAACAUUCCGCGUGAAGACGACAGAUGACCACUCCGAGAACCACGCUCAGGCAGAACGAUGGAGAAUCGCUGUCAAAUGUCUACUGGCUAGACACAGUAUUGGGCCUCAGACAGCCCUGGAAGCCAGGCUGCUGCCCCCCUCCCCACGCCUCCUUAUUCUGAUCAACCCGUUCGGAGGCCAGGGGAAGGCUCAGCAGAUAUUCCGGGAGCGAGUCGUGUCCAUGUUGGGCGAGUCUGACAUCAGCUUCAACAUGGUGGUUACUGAGCGUUCUGGCCACGCCCAUGACCUGAUGCGGGAUCUGGAGGUGUCCCAGUGGAGUGGGGUGGUGGUGGUGUCAGGGGACGGGCUCAUAUAUGAGGUAAUCAAUGGCCUGAUGGACCGUCCUGACUGGGAGGAGGCCAUCAAGAUGCCCAUCGGCCUGAUCCCGGGGGGAACAGGCAACGCCCUCUGCUGCUCUGUCAACUAUCUACUGGAUGAGCCGUUUGAGUCAGCUGACCAGGUGCUCCACUCCACGUUUGUCCUGUGCAAGAGUGUUGUGUCAGGCAGCAGCUACCCCAUGGACCUGGUGUCAGUACAGACCAAGUCCUCCCGCAUCUUCUCCUUCUUACAUAUCAGCUGGGGAUUCAUCUCCGACAUCGACAUCGGGAGCGAGAAGUAUCGCUACCUCGGCGACGCUCGCUUUUUCGUCGGAUUGGUACAGCGGCUGUUUGACUUGCGGAAGUACCCCGGGCACGUGUCGUACCUUCCCGUGAAGGGGGUGGACGGGAGAGCGUUGGUUCACCAAAUCACAGAGAAGAGGAAGCAGUGGGAGAAUCUCAAGCAGUCUCUCCAUCGGCCUCGCAGUCUGUCUCAGCGGAACGGUGAACGGGAGAGAUUGAGAAGCGCACGUCCCGCACAGUUUACUCGCAGUGUCAGCAUGAUGGAGGGAUCACGUCCCAGAAACCUCCCCCCAAGAAGCGCUAGCGUCAGUCAGAGCUUCUACUCCGAUCUCGAGCCACAAACCCCUGGUGUAGAUACGGCCAAGGAAGCUGCUCUGUUCAAUGAGCAGACGGAUUCUGGCAUACCAACCUCAGAAAGGAUGGAGGAGAACAUGACCAAUGGGCAUUCCACAGGAGACGACCUCCAUGCCAAUGAUUGGAGGGGAGAUGAAACAUCAGGGAACGAGGUAUUCUCACCUCAUUCGCUACAUGCUGCAGUUGACUCCCAAGAUGCACUGGUUAGCAAUGCCAAUAUUAGGCCACAACACAACCAUUCCAACGGCAGUGCUGCCAACAGCCAAUCAGGGGACAGCAUGGACUCUGCAAUAGACGUAUCUGCCAUGGACCUGUCAGCAGACAGUCCAACGCGGGCCCACAGCCACACAAUGCCAAACCCAGACAGUGAAGCCAGACGUCAUGGUCCCGUCGACGCCCUCUUGCCCCCCCUGGGACAGCCCCUUCCCGAUGGUUGGGUGACGGUGGAGGGAGACUUUAACCUGGUGAUGGCUCUGAACGUGCCUCACAUCAGCACAGGCUUCAACAUGUCCCCUGCCAGCCAGCUGGACGACGGCAUGAUGUUCCUGAUGUAUGCCAUGAACACCACGCGCAGUGAGAUGUCCAACAUCUCCUUCAAGGCCUCGCAGGGGAGGAUCGGCGAGGUCGAGCAGGCGGGAACGGACGUGAUCGCUGUCCACGCGUUCAGGCUGGAGCCGCAGGGGGACAAGGGUCUGAUCACUGCGGACGGGGAGGUCAUCGAGUACGGACCACUGCAAGCACAGGUGCACCGGUCACUGGCUCGGGUACUCAUGUGGAAGCCAGUAGAGAUUUGACACAAAAUCUUACUUUUUCUUGUACCGGUAGAUGCAAUGAUAUAUACCUUGUUCCAAAGGUAUGGCCACUUGUCUGUACAUUUCAAAAUUGUUGCUUAUCUAUGUAACUAUAUGGUUGUUUUUCUUUCAAGAUUCUUUAUGACUUCUUGUUGAUCUUGUAUAUUUCCUCAGGUUCACCGUUCACAUAUCAAAAUACUAUAAUAUAAACUUUGUAAUCAUUAUAUUUGAAUCAUUCCAAGAUAUUAUAUAAUUAUGUAUAAUUGAAUUAUUUUUGCUAUUCAAUGACAAGCAACAUUGCGAAUUGUUUUUAUCAGGGAAAUGGUCAUGAGAGUAAUGCUAUGCAACAUUUAAUUGAGAAAUUUCCUUUCCAACAGCACAGUCUCCAUGUGAUCACAGUUAUAGAUGUUUUGUCCAUUGUAAAAGAACUGAUUACUGUCAAUUCAGGAUCUUGUUGUAACCAACACAAAGUUGACGUAAGGUUGACGACAAUCCAUACACUUCCCUGUAUGGUGUAAUUUCAUUUAAUUACAUGCUGCUUGCGCUUAUGCUUUAUUGUCUUGUUGUUGUUGUUGUUGUGAAAUUGAGAUGAUGAUUCUGUCCCCAUGGUGAUAUCAGGGACUUGACGGGACAAAGCCACACAAUGUCCUAACAAACUCCAUUUGUGCAGAUUAGUCAUGCAGGAAAUUGAACAAUAGAAAUUGAAUCAAUAUACGUACAAUAUUCAUUCCAAUGUUUCAGACAGCAUCCACUCUUUCAUUAUUGAAAUGAAAUGUUUUAUUAGAUAUUGUAUAAGCAAUAAAGAUCAAUUCAAUUUCUAUUGUCCUAAUGGUAGUUUGUGUAUAAUGCUGCUUGUAUCAAGCUGGGGCCAAUGUGUGCAUAACAGAUUUUGUAAAAUGCAUAUCAUAAGUUUUGUAUAAAGUCAUGAAUGUUUGAACAGUUCUGUUGAUAUUCCUCUUUAUUGCAAAAUUGGCAGCUGCUACAUAUAUGUUGUGCAGUGGCAUAUCAUUAUUAGAUAGACAUGUCUUGUACUGCAUUAGACAGACAUAUCAUGUAACACAGUAUGGUUCCAAAAUCCGAUGUAAAACUCCAAACCUGUUCUCAUAUCCAUCACGUAAGGUAGGUAGUGUGGAAAGAAAGUGUCUGGUGUUUAUGUGCCUUGAAGGUUGGUGAUUUUGAUGUUAUUGCUGCUGUGUGACGUAAUAGAAGCAGGUUUUGGAUAAUGUUUGUGUGUGAAAAGAAACAACUAAAUGUUUGUAGACUUUAGAUAUUAGGUGUUUCCUGGCCACCUUUAGAUAGCAGACAUGUAGAACAUAUCAAUAGAAGAGUAGAAAUCUAUUUGCUUGCUUUGCUGCCAAUGUUGUACAAAUUGCUGAAUGUGCCAGAUACUUGAAAGUUUGUAGCUUUCUGUGAAUAUACCACAAUUGAAUUUUUUGA